GACUGCGGCAGUCAAACGAAACAGACGUGUAUUUCUGCAGUAUACUGUGAAAGAAAAAGUUUUCCGUCUUUUCUUGAUACAAAAUCGUUCUUUUUAUUUUGUUUGAAAUUUGCUUGUUUCUGUUGACUCAUUGAAUGAAUGAAAACGGAAAGUGUUGGAGUAAUUAUAUUUUCCGUCUUGUAAUAAAUUUAAAGCAGCACGCGAACGCACUUAAAAUAUAAAAAAAAUUAAAUUAACCAAUUUUUGUGUCAUUGAGAAAAUAGGAAAAUUUGUCUUCCAACAUUAAAAUUGUGUACUUAAUAUUUUCUCUGCUGGAAAAUGAAUAAAUAAUUUUUGGUUGUUGUUGUUGUUGUUACUGGUUAUUAAUAAUAUCCAAGUUUUAUAUACGAACAUCGUUCCUCGUCAUAUUGCAAAAAACAGAAAAUUUAAAAUAAAAAAAAACGUUUUUCUCUUAAUUCAUCGUAAAAAGAUAAUUUGUGAGAAAAUUGAAAAUUUAUUGUUUUUUUGUUUGAAUUAUUAUUAAAUUUGUAUAAUAAACAUGAAGCUUACCAUGGAAAUAUGGUUGGUGACACUCUUUUGUGCAGUUGUUGUUUAUGGGAUACCCACAUCAGAAAAUCAUAAAUACGAAGAGCAUAUUGCGGAAGACGACUCAGAUAUGCUAAUGGAACCGAGUGAUUUUCAUCCAUCCGUAUUAGCAUCACACCAAACAUACUAUCAACGGCAAAACUAUCGACCAUAUCAACAGCAAUUCGGCAACAUUGAACGGUCAUCGGACGACGUGCCGGUAGAUCCUCAGCCACAGGCGGCACAAAAUUUCCUACCAUCUUUUUUCCGUGAUGUACAACCACUCGGCCAUUCCCGACCAUACUACACACAGGACAGUCAUCGCUUCGCCGCCAAUCGUCAAUACGAUCAAUCGAUAUUGGGUUCGGGCGAUUUUGGUGUUAUUCGUGGUGGAACAUUCUAUCAGGACAAUGAUCCACCAAUAAGAGGUUUGGAGAGUAACGACUACUACAGCUUCUACAAAAACAAUGGACAUGGACAUGGUCCGCAAGCCGCUCCAUACACCCAAGCUAAAUACAAUUCAUUCGGUGACGAUCAAUUUUCGAAUUUCCGUGAUUUUGCCGAUAUUAAUACACCAACCGAUCCAGCUUACUCACAUUUUGUGGUCGUUUAUGCGAACAAAAAUUCCACAUCGACCCAUCCGAAUCCGAAAAAUAUUUUCGAACAAUUGCAGUUGUUGGAUGAGGAAAAGGCUCAGGAAAAACAGAAGAAAUCGAGCAUCAGUAAGAUCAAGAAGAAAUUGACCCUGACCAAAUUGGAGAAAAAGUACAAGAAGAAGCUGGGACCAAAAGAGGGCGGUGAAUAUGAGCCGUUGUUGGCGCUGAGCUAAACUUUUUAUGUCGAAUGAUUGGGGUGCUAUUUUCUCUUUUUUUCGCAAUUGUGUACAAUUUAGUUUUGAGUUAGCCAACCAUUACUUUUACCGUUUAGUGAAGCAAAAAGUAUUUCUAUAGAAAUUUAAUUUUAAAUAAAAACUGUGAUUUUUAUGAGAGUUUGUUCAUUUUUAAUGAUUUUAAACGCGAAAACAGUGACUAUUAGGCGAUUUAAAAAUAAAAAUGGUGAAAAAAAUAUACAAAAAAUUUGAUCGGACAUGUCCACUUUAUUGAUAUGUGAAUUGAGCUGCCGUUAGUGAAAUAAAGAAAAAAUCUUUUAAAUUAUGCAAAUUCCUUAGGCAUAUUUUCUUAGUUAAUUAUUUAGACGUUUAAGACAAUAACUUUUACCGAACCAACAGAAUCAUUUCUGACUCAUCCAUAUGAGUACUCAGCUCAUGAAAAAUGUCUGAAUAAUUAAGUGAAACCACCUAGCAAAUGAUCAAGAAAAAUUUUAACCUUUUCUACAUACUAUGUCAU